ACGCUGACCAAAGAAGGGUUUGACUCCAUCUCCAGCAGCUCCAAACAGCUCCUCACCUUAGCCCUGCAGGAACUUGAAGUCAAGUCCAGCAGCAAUGCCCUGAGCAAGCACAUCCAGUUUGAGCACAACGUGGCCCUGUUCCUGUGGUCAGAGAGCUCCGGCGACCUCCCCUCCGACGCCGCUUGGGUCAGCGUGGCAAACCGCGGCCAGUUCGCCAAGAGCGGCCUGUCCAUGAAGGCCCAGGCGCUCACACCAUGCGUACAGAGCUUCUGCUCGGCUCUGGACUCGAAGCUGAAGGCCAGGUUGGACGAUCUCCUGUCCUACCUCCCCACAGACUCCUCAGCCAUUAAAGAGGCCGUUCCCGUUCAGCCACGUUCUGCUUUCGACCGCUACGCCGACGCCGGCACCGUGGAGGGGCUGCUCCGCGACCACUGCGUCGCCUGCAUCCACCACGUGCUGGGCUGCGUGCGUGAAGAGCUCCAGAGCGCCCAGAGCCUGCUGGGGGGACAGGCGGAUGCUCCCAGCGAUGCCAGACUCAAUGCUGUCCUCUUCAUGGCGAGGCUUUGCCAGUCCCUGCCCGAGCUGUGCCCUCACCUGAAGCAGAGUAUCCUGGGCCGGUCGGGCAGCGCGGAGACGGCGCUGAAGGAAACUCGCUCCGCCAAGAAGCUGGGGAAGGGGAAAGCCCAGGAGGUGACCCCCGUGCAGGCCAAGUGGCAGGGGGUGAAGGCAGAGCUCCUGCAGCAGAGCUUGUUUGCUUAUCAGAUCUGGAGCUCGGCUGUCACCAAAGGCCUGGUUCAGUGCUUUACCCGCACGCUGCUGCUCGACACAGCCGGGUCGGUCUUGGCCGCAGCCACCAACUGGGAUGAAAUUGAAAUUCAGGAGGAGACAGAGUCUGGAAGCAGUGUAACAUCAAAGAUCCGGCUGCCUGUGCAGCCGUCCUGGUACGUCCAGUGCCUCCUCUUCAGCCUGUGCCAAGAAGUGAACCGGGUCGGCGGCCACACUCUGCCAAAAGUCACCUUGCAGGAGCUGCUGAGGACCUGCAUGGCAGAAGUGCUUGCUGCCUACGAAAAGCUGAUGGAAGAGAAGCAGGAGAAGAAAGCCGGCACCUUCCCCAUGACCCAGAACAGGGCUCUGCAGUCACUGUACGACCUGCGGUACCUGAGCAUCAUCUUGAGGGCGAAGAGCGAGGAAGCAAAAAGCAGCAGGAUCAAACCUGACUCCGGGAUGGAGAAGGUGACCGAUUUCCUGGAGGGACACAUCGAUCCCUUCGACCUGGACGUUUUUACUCCGCACUUGAACAGCAACCUUAACCGCCUGGUUCAACGAACCUCUGUUCUUUUUGGGUUGCUGACCGGGACGGAGAACCAGUACACGAGCAGGAGCGGCGCUCCGAGCUCCCAGGAGCUCCACAACAUCUUGCCCUUAGCAUCCAGCCAGAUCAGAUUUGGACUUCUGCCGCUCAGUAUGUCGAGCUCGCGGAGGAGCAAGUCUGCUACCAGGAGCACGGAGAGAGUUCAGGUUGCACCUCCCGCGCUCACGAGAGCAGAAGACGAAGCCUCGCGCCCUGGCGCUCUGUUCAGGCAGCUCGUGACCGAGGAGGAAGACGCAGCCGCACCUUCUCUCUUCAAGCUGGGAUGGCUUUCUGGCAUGGCCAAGUGAUGCAAUAAAAAGUAAAACGUUUGUCUGCG